ACUAUUUAAAGAUGAAAUUCCAAUUGCUAGAUGGCACCACCAAUCGGUUUAUAAAAUUUUUUAUUUUUACUAUUUAACAAAAAGAGCUAAACUCGAGUCUCAACCGGUGUUAUCAUCAUCAUCACAUGUUGAUAUUUAAUUUAAUAAAUUAAAAAUGAAUAAUGAUGAUGAUAUUGCAAAAGAAUUAUUACGAGCAACACAAAAAGGUGACUUGAAAAAUUUAAAAAUCAUUAUAAAUAAUUAUGACAUCAAAGAUUGGACAAAAUAUCGUCAAAAUAAUUUUGAUGAUACUGCCUUGCAUGUUGCAUCAAGAGAGGGCCAUUUUGAAAUUGUUAAGUAUCUGUGCAACGAGUGGUCACAUCCGGCAUUUAAAGUUGAUGUUACCAAUAAAGAUAUGAAACGACCACUUCAUGAAGCUGCUCAGUUUUCCAAGAGCAAUAUUGUUGAAUUUUUAAUUAAACAAGGAGCAACAGUGGAUGUUUUAAAACGAGCUGAUUGGACACCCCUCAUGUUGGCAUGCACAAAAGAUGGUACUGAUGCAUUGAACUGUGUUAAAAUUUUACUUGAUGCAAAAGCUGAUGUUAAAAUUAAAAAUAAAGAUGGCUGGAAUGCUCUGUUGAUUGCUUGUCGUACUGGUGACAUUGACAUUAUUAAAUUAUUAAUUAAAACAAUGCCAGAGUCUAUUAAAACAACAAGUAAAAAUGGUCGUACAGCUCUACAUAUUUUAGCUUAUCAUGGUUGUUCAGAGGCAAUUGAUUAUUUGUUAUUAUUAGAACCAAAGCUUCUUGAAAUAACAGACUCAUCUGGCUCAACACCACUUCAUGAAUCUGUUAAAUCAUUGAAUUUUGAAAUAUUUAAAAAAUUGAUAAAACAUGGUGCUGAUUUUAAGAUAACAAAUUGUGUUGGACAAAAUAUUUUACAUAUUGCUGUUGUUGUUUGUAAUAUUCAAGUUAUCGAUUAUAUACUGUCAAAUUGUUUGAUUGAUUUACAUAUUUGUGAUAACUACGGCACAAAUCCACUUGCACUUGCUCAAAGAUACCAAUUGAAUAAUGUUAUUGAUUUAUUAAUAAAGUAUGAUACAUCUGCAUAA